AUGUCCUCGACGCCAGAGUUCCUCCGCUUCACGGGCCACCGGGCCUUCGCUCAGCGUCUGAUCCUGUCGACACUCACCGGCCGUCCCAUUCACAUCUCCAAGAUUCGAAGCUCAUCACCAACACAUCCCGGUCUCGCCCCGCAUGAGGUCUCGUUCCUCCGUCUCCUCGAGGCCGUCACCAACGGCAGCUCGCUGCAAAUCUCGUACACCGGUACGACCAUCACAUACCACCCCGGCCUCAUCACCGGCACGAUAGCCGGCUUCGGCGCCACCGAUGGCGAUGUCAUCGAGCACACCCUGCCCGCCAACAACAACCGCGGCACGGGCGACAUAUCGGUCGACUCGUUCCGCACCGCCAUCCUACCCCUCUUCGGCCUCUUCGGCAUCCCGCCCGCGCGCAUCGAGCUGCGCAUCCUGCAGCGCUCCUGCCCCGGCAAGGGCGGUCGCGGCGGUGGCGGCAUCGUCGAGCUGCGCUUCGCCAGCCAGGUCCGCCUGCCCAAGACGCUGCACCUUAACCGGGGUCCCGGCAGGAUAAAGCGGAUCCGCGGCGUCGCCUACUGCACGGGCGUCUCGGCCUCGAACAACAGCCGGCUGAUCCACGCCGCGCGCGAGGUCCUCAACCCGCUCGUCUCGGACAUUCACAUUGCCGCGCAAUACGACCAGGCGCCGCUCAUCCCCGGGGCCGACAAGACCAAGACGCGGACGGGGAUCGGUUUCGGCCUGAGCCUCGUCGCCGAGUCGAGUUCCGUCGGCGUCAUCUACUCGGCCGACCUGGUCGCGCCGCCCACCGGCGGUGUCGUGCCCGAGGACAUUGGCAAGCAGUGCGCGUACCAGCUGCUCGAGACGAUUGCGCAGGGCGGCUGCGUGAGCCGCGUGUCGGCGAGCACCGUGCUGACGCUAAUGGCGAUGGGGUCUGAGGACGUCGGCAGGUUGAGGAUAGGAAGGGACGUUGUGGGCACGGAGGAGGUCGUCGGCCUGGCGCGCGAUCUGCGGACGUUUGGCGCCAGCAGCUGGGGUCUGAGGGACGUCAACGAAGACGACGCGGACGACAUCAUCGUGUCGGUCAAGGGCAGCGGUGUGGGCAACGUCGGACGCAAGGUAGCAUGA